AUGUACUGUACUUACAAAAACGGUCGUCAUCCAUUUCUUAUUUUAGCACCCUUGAAAGUAGAAAUUGUAAAUGUGGACCCGUACGUAUUAAUAUUUCAUGAUAUUAUAUAUGAAAAUGAAAUUGAAAUUAUAAAAUCGAUGAGCAAAGAUUCGUUAUCACGUGCUAAUGUUUGGGAUGCUCGAGCAGGUAAAGCAAUAAUUUCUCAUAUAAGGACAGGCAAAUAUAGCUGGUUAGCGAAACAUAUGCACCCAGUUUUAAAUGUCUUAAAUCAAAGAAUUGAAGAUAUGACAGAUAUGUCAAUGGAAACCUCUGAAACUUUGCAGGUUAUGAAUUAUGGAAUAGGCGGCCAUUAUGAUGUUCACCCUGAUUAUUUAGAUGAGCCUAAGGGAAAUGUAAUUAAAAUGACAGGAUACGUUAAUCAUUUUUGGGGAAACAGGAUUGCCACUAUCUUGUUUUAUUUGUCAGAAGUUGAGCAUGGUGGCGCAACUGUGUUCCCACAUAUAAACAUCUCUCUUCAACCUAAGAAAGGAGCAGCUGCUUUUUGGUUUAACAUGUUACCUUCUGGGUUACCUGAUUAUAAAGUGAGACAUGCAGCUUGUCCCGUUAUAUUUGGUUCGAAAUGGGUUGCAAAUAAAUGGAUUCGUUAUAAUGGUCAAAUAUUUCAUAGACGAUGUACGACCAAUAAAAAUGAUUACUAUCAUCUGUAUGGAGAUACCAUAUUUCAAUAG